AUGAUCGUAAUGAAAUUACUUACCUUAGGUUGCAACUCUCAGCCAGAGUUGCGUCAGUUAGCGUCCUUUCCAAUUGCAGUAUCUCGUAACUUUUGUCCAUCUUCGCUAAAAAAAUGGACCCUUUAUAAAUUUGAGCAUGUGAAUGUGAAUGUGCUUAGAGUCUAA